GCCCGCGGUCUCUCUUCCGCAGACAGAAAAAGUUCGCGGGCAUAGCUCUCACAUCCAACACGCGACAAUUACUACCAACGAUUGCUCGUGCAUUGUACAGCCAAGAAAUUGUAUUCUCAAGCUUGCAGAAGUCACCUGUACCUCAUCUACGCCCGAAAUGGCGGACGACUUAGAGGAACGUCUUAAAAGCCAUGCCCGAGCUUUCGAGGGCUUGAUGUCGCUGAUCCCAGCUAAGCACUACUACGGCGAAGAUACAAGCGAUCAAUGGCAACGGAAAAAGCAGACGAAAAAGCAGAAACGAGAGGCCAAACGUGCGAAGCUAGACCCAAGCUCCUACAAGAGCGCCAAAGAUGUCAUGGACGAGAACGAACGGAAGCGGAAGCGGGAGUUGGAAGCGGAGGAUGCUUCGGACAUCGGAGGAGAGGGGAAAGAGCGACCGCAGGAGGGCUUGAAAGCAAAGGGCAAAAAGGCGAAGAAGUUGAAGCUAAACGGCGCUAAAGCAGACAAAACCAAGACGCCGAAGGGAGAGCAAGAUGAUGCAGAGGGCGUCGUCGAGGAGAUAGUACCAAAGAAGUCGAAAGCAGAGAAGAGGAGGGAGAAGGAUCAGAGGAAAAAGGAGAAGCAAGCGAAGCUGAAGGAGAAAGUAGAGGCGAGGAAAGCACGGAAAGAUGAGGCUGCUACUGAGAAACCUGUCGACGCAGUGCAAGAAGAAGCGGCCAAUUCGGACGAGGACGCAGCCAAUGGCGAUGACAUUGAGCAAAUUGAUGUCAGCGGGUUAGUCGAGGACGAACAUACGGACUCCCAGGAAAGUGCGGCAUCCACGCCAGUACCAGGAGGGGAAGACGACAGGGAAGAUAAAGUGGAGGAUUCCACAGAAACACAGGCGCAACGGGAUGCCAUGAAGGCUAAACUCCAGGCUCAAAUCAAGGAGCUACGUGCCCAGCGGAAGGCAGACAGUACAGUAAGAAAGUCAGGGCAGAACAAGCAGAAGAUCAUUGAUGCCAGACGGCGAAAAGAAGAACUCAAAAAAGCGGCAAGAAAAGAACUGAGAAAGGAAGACAAGGUGGGUAAAAAAAAAGGCAAGGAAGGCAAAAGUAAGGCCAAGUCUGGGUGAUAGCAGAAAUGACUGGGCAGCAAAAGCAUGAUGCAUCAAACACAAUUAUUGAAUUGAGCGUGUUGGGCCCAAUUGCAUGAUACCAUAAUGAAAGCAUGAUUUUCACAUUAUCACUCAUGCAGACAUAUAAAACUGUUACAAAGGGAUGCUUUCUAGGG